UCAGUACCUGUGAUCAGGAUGCUCCUUUGGUGACUGGUCAGGCAGCAACAGUUCGGAAAUGAGACGAUUGGCAUCGGGCAGCGCUCUGGCGGUUCUGGACAGUGUUGCCCAAUCACUGAGCAAAGUGAUGUGCGCGUAUCGAUUAGUUGUUGUUCCAGUGGCAGAACAGAAAGUUAGUUGCUUGCCAGGGCCAGGAGUCAACUACAGCCGGUGUGACAUGUCCAUGUCAUAAUUACCUAGGCUCGCGAAGACCAGAGCUUCUUUUUUACGAGACAACAACACAGCCGUUGCACGAUUCCUGAAAAGCAACGCUGAGGAGCUCUGAGCAUGUAACCAUGGAAAGAAAGAGAGAAAAUAAAAGUCGAAUUCCGCAGAAGAGUAUGCUCUUACUGCUAG